AAUCACGAAGAGUCUAUCGCCGACUCCCGCAGUCGGCAAUUGACACAGUACAUAAGCUUCCCAACGCUUGCGAGCUAUCAUUUGCAGCAGUUAAUUUCCCGUAACUUGUUUCUGACCUGCUUGUCAUCCUGCAACUCUCCAAAAUAGAGCUAAGCCCGGAUCGGCGAAAUCUCCUCGGGGCUGGUGAAGUAGGCUGGAGAAGCAGGCUGUUUAGAUUACAUAUCUACCGCACUUCUCCUGCUCGUCAGCGGAUCCUCCUUGCCAUGUCCUAUGUCCUAGGAGCAGGCUUCCAAUAAAGACCGUCGAAUUUCGCCAACAUGGUUGAUGUCGACGUCGAUGCGUUUCUACGACAAGGCUAUUGGCCGAAUUCCAGGGCUAGGAGCCCAGAUACAAGGGUUUUAACCUCGAGCACCACAUCGAGUCAAUCCUCCUUUGUGAAUGUGACGCCGAGUCAGUUACCUCGUAACCUCGGUCGCUUGCGCAAUUAUCCUCCGCCUCCGUGUGUUGAGGAUGAGAACGAUUCACUCGCCAAAGAACACGGGUCUCCGAUCUCUGCGACACCCGGCGAGGAACCGAUUCAUCGUGGGGAUCCUGAACAGUACCCCAUCUUACUUCCUGUACACGAGUACAACCCGGAGAGGCGGUUCAUUUUAGUGCCGACCACAUCUGAUUCUUCAGACGAUCAUUCGCACGGUGCUAAGAAGUUACCAAAGCGACCUAAGUCUAGAGAGUUCAAUCCUGAACCUGAGCCAGAGCUUACUUCUUAUGAGGCGAAUACGGGCCGCAAAUAUGAGGCGCGUGCGCAUCGUGAAGAAGAGUAUGAAAAGAGGCGGGAUACACAACCAAAUUAUGAGAAGCGUCGCAGUAAACCCGAGCAUCUGCCCACUAUCGUCACCGAUAUGAAGUAUAAGCCACGGUCGCCUGAUGAAGUGAGAAGACCAAAGUCGGCGGGGCGUUCCGACAAGGAUGGCGAAGAUUACUUCUCGCCCCGCAUCAGUUCUCGGCUUCAGGAUGGGAAGAUGUUAUCGCCAGAUGUAAUAGAGCAUUCCAGCCGGGGACGAGAUCGAGCGUAUUAUCAGGGUGGAUCAAGCCCUUACACCCACCACCGUAAUCGCUCAUCUCAUUCAAAUAUCCAAUAUGAGAGGCAGAGCCCUCGCGAAGAUAGGAGGUAUAAGGACAAACCAAUCAAGUCGACAAGUCCUACUCAUCAUAAACGACGCUCAACUGCGGAUUCCCCUCAACAGACGAAAGCACCCUCAAGAGUAGAUUACGAGAAACCGCGUCAAUAUGCCGAGCCCCGGUCUCCUCGAGCAGACCGAAAUGGUUAUGCGCGAUCUGAGGUUGUAUCCAAUUCUACAGAGAAGCGGAAGUCUCCGAUUCACGGAGAAUAUUACUACUCAAGUGACGAGGAGGUACCGCACGAGGUUCAUUCCCACCGUCGACGAGAAUCAGCAGUAUCCAAUACAAAACCUUCCCUUCAGCCUGCGCCAGAAUUGAGAUCAAGCGACAAGCGAAGAUCUCGCGGACCCUCACCUGUUUCGUCGGCGAGGACUUCUCAAGUUUAUGAGAGGGAUUCACAGAGAGAUUCACCAUCUUCAAGUCCGCGCAGCUCUACAUUCCCGAAAGAUAUUAAGUUCUCGCGAGGCGAGCAGCGCUCCAAGCCACCAUUAUCUCGUACAUCCACAGCUAAGUCUUUGUUAAAUUCUUCUGCUUCUGUAGCAAUUCCGGCUGUUGUCGCAGCAGCCACCGCGGCGUCGAUGAAUUCGGGUUCCACUCCCACCGACCCCCGCAAGUCGACAACACUUCCACCACCGCCACCCAGAACACCACCAAGAACAGGGCCUGUCCCGCUAGGUCCGCGUUCUUCGGCAUCAUCGUUGUCGUCUAGCCCUCACCGACAACCUCGGCAACCGGUAGAAACAAGUCCAUUAAGAGACAUUGUCAGCACAACUCAGCCUACCACUCCUUAUAGACGAUAUCUGGAUGAUGUUCAAGCUGGCGAGCUCCCCGAUAUGAAUCGUUGUCCUCGGAAGAACCCAGUUGCAGGAUAUGUUGAUUGGCUAACGCUUCCUCGCUGCGACAACUUUAACAUUUGCCCGUCAUGCUACGAAGCUACAUUUUCUAACACGGAAUUUGCUCACCACUUCGUUCCGGCACCGUUCCGCGCAAUCGACCGACCGACCGCCUGCGACUUUGGGACUUCUCGGUACUACCAUAUGGCAUACUUUCUAACCGGGAAGUAUGGGAAGGCGGAUCUAGCGCUGUUUCGAAACAUCGCUAACGUUGCCGCUAAGAACCAGCCAUGCACGGGGCCUAGAGAGGCUUCUCGUAUCUGGUUUUCUGUCAAGGACCCUCGUUCGGGCUAUCCUAUCGAAAGCUUCAACGUCUGCUAUACUUGCGCGAAGACUGUCGAAGUACUGCUCCCUAAUCUGACCGGCUUGUUCGUCCACAUGGAUUCGCCUGCUGGGCUCACGAGGGGCGUCUGCGCCAUGCACCAAGAGAACGAACGCAGGUUCUUGUUCUACUUCGACCUCCUGGAGGCGGCGUCCGACAAGGCCCUCAUCACGAAGAGCACGCCAGACGUCCAGGCGCUAGCCGAUAGGAUCCGCGAUUCGACGGAGGUUCCCGAGUGCGCCCGCGAGAACCCGGUCCGGAACGGCAAGUGGUACAUCAUGCGGUCGAUCCCGCAUUUUACGGUGUGCGAGGAGUGCUUCGGAGAGGUGGUCUGGCCGAUGAUCCAGAGCGACAAUAGCUCGCUCGCGGCCACCUUCCACAAGAACCCGCAGAAACUCCCAUUGGCCGCUUGCCAGCUGUACUCGGAGCGCAUGCGGAGCAUAUUCAAGGCGGCGGUGCGACACGGCGAUCUGAAUUUUCUCGAGAGCAAGAUUAGGGAGCGCAGGGUUAAAGAACAGGAAUAUCACGCGAGGAUCGUGGGGCUCGAUAGGAACAUUUUGGGCGCGGCGUGGGUGGAGGCGGAGAUCGACCGGGCUAGAAGAGAAUGGCAGAGGUGGGAAUAGAGACGAGGGUUUUACGAUUGCAUUAGAUUAUAAAGGCCUAAGGGUAUGAUAUACGGAUACGACUGGGUACGAAGAUUACGUGCGUUUUAUAGAUACGGGUUUGGUAAUGAACGAAACUAAAAAUCAGGGUGACGAGUAAUGA